UAGACUGUGCAUAGACUCGGCGAUCGAUUAUGAGAUAGGCUCGAGUUGGGGAUUCGGGUCUUUCGGGAAAUCAGUUCGCCCGUCCUCAGGACUUCCGAUUUCGGUGCUGAGUUCUCCAUUUAAGAGGUCUCGCCAUGGGGUUUGGCGAUUAUCCGGCGGAAUAUAACCCAUCCGUCCAUGGACCCUACGAUCCUGCCCGCUAUUACGGGAAACAGGACACGAAGUUUUUCGACCUGAAGCUCAACGAAGUCGGGGCCUGGUUCGGAAGACGGCAGAAAACUCCGCAAGCCUUUAUUGCAUCCUGCUCAAGAGCGUUCUGGCGUUGGCAGCAUAAAUAUGUGUUACCAAGGAAGGCAGGUGUCGCGCCAUUCUUGCAGCUUACCUUUGGCAUGAUGGCUUUCUUCUAUAUAAUCAAUUAUAAGAGACUGCGCCACCACAAGAGCUACAAGUAUCACUAAGCCUUGUUAGUGAAAAUUAAUAUCCCUUGGAGGGGUAUAGUAGCGGGGCUCUUCGGGUGCACUUUCAGAAAAUCGAUCAGAUAUACACGAUGGUCGGAAGCAUUGUUAUCGUACAGUAAACACUGUCUCUUUAAUGACAUUUUUUCCCUAGUCUCUGCAAAAUGUAACUACUAAAUAAAGUCUUUCGUCAUUGAGAAAGUUUUGAGAUGAAUAGCAUCUCAUCUGAGUUAAAAACUUU